UGUUCGGCAGUGGAAUUUGCUGCCAAGGAGUGUGGUGGAGUCUCCUUCUUUGGAGGUCUUUAAGCAGAGGCUUGACAACCAUAUGUCAGGAAUGCUUUGAUGGUGUUUCCUGCUUGGCAGGGGGUUGGGUUGGAUGGCCCUUGUGGUCUCUUCCAACUCUACGAUUCUAUGAUUCUAUGACCUAGCUGAUCUGUGUCUCCAGGAAAACUCUCAAGCGGAGACAUGGAUAAUGGUGCUUCUCUCCCUCUCCACCCCCCUGCUUUCUCCUAGAAGGCUGAGUGAUGCGCAGAGAGGAUGAAAGCCAUGAAAGCCGAUAAAAGCUGUUCCAUUAAUGGGCCAGGGCGGACGAGGCAGGCAGGAAGCCAGCCAGAGGAAGGAGCUGGUGCAGGCCCAGGGGGGUCAGCGAUGAACAAGCUGCGGCAGAGCCUGAGGCGGAAGAAGCCAGCCUACGUCCCGGAGGCCAGUCGCCCCCACCAGUGGCAGGCCGAUGAGGAAGCCGUCCGGAAGGGGCGUUGUAGUUUCCCAGUGCGGUACCUGGGUCAUGCCGAAGUAGCGGAGUCUCGGGGAAUGCACGUUUGCGAAGAAGCCGUGAAGAAGCUGAAAGCGAGCGGCCGCAAAUCGGUGAAGUCCGUGCUUUGGGUCUCGGCAGAUGGCCUGAGAGUUGUGGACGACAAAACCAAGGAUCUGAUCGUGGACCAGACGAUUGAGAAGGUCUCCUUCUGCGCCCCAGACCGCAACUUCGACAAGGCCUUCUCCUACAUCUGCCGGGACGGAACCACACGGCGCUGGAUCUGCCAUUGCUUCCUGGCGCUGAAGGACUCGGGAGAGCGCUUGAGCCACGCCGUGGGAUGUGCCUUUGCCGCUUGCCUGGAGCGCAAGCAGAAGCGGGAGAAGGAGUGUGGCGUCACAGCCUCCUUUGACGCCACCCGCACCAGCUUCGCCCGCGAAGGCUCCUUUCGCCUGCCAGGACCCCCGGCCUCUGCAAGCCGACCGUCGGGAGCAAGGCCCCCGCAGGACAGGAAGAAAGCCGAAGCGGCGACGGUGCCUGCGCCCCCCUCCCCAGCUCCUGCCCAGCCGGGCAGCGCCUCCCCUCCGCAGGGGGCCACAUCUCCGGAGGAGAAGGCCGAGGUGGGGGGCGCCCAUGCCAUCCCACGCCGCCAUGCGCCCCUGGAGCAGCUGGUGCGUCAAGGCUCCUUCCGGGGCUUCCCCACCCUCAGCCAGAAGAACUCUCCAUUCAAGAGGCAACUCUCUUUGCGGCUAAACGAGUUGCCCUCCACCUUGCAGCGCAGGGGGGACGCAGUCACUGAGCUCGACUCAACUCCCAACGGCGAUUCCGACAGCAUCACUGCCCUCUGCAGCCAGAUCGACUCCUCGCUCACCCAGCCGGCCGGGGAGCCCGCCAAUGGCACCCCGCUUAAUGGCACCCCUGGACCCACGGCAGCCGCAAUGCCCAUGGAAGGGGGCAGCACAGGUCCCUCUGCCGGAGCCCCCGUCACCCCCCCGUUCCAGCCGGGCCACAAACGGACACCCUCAGAAGCCGAGCGCUGGCUGCAGGAAGUGGCCAAGGCUGCGAAGGCCCAACAACAGCAGCAGCAGCAGCAGCAGCAGGUGCCCAUGGCGCUGCCCCCUCCGCUGCCCACUUUCCCCCUGAGCUACGACGUGGGCCCCCCGCCUCUGGGCAUGUUUGUGCCGCCCCCUCCUCAGAUGGCGCCGGCUUUCCUCCCCAUGGGCAUGCCCUACCCCCCGGGGAUGCCCUACGCUGCUGCCGCCGCUGCGCCCAGCUUGCCCGUGGUGGGCAUCACCCCCUCCCAGAUGGUGGCCAACGCUUUCUGCUCUGCCACGCAGGCGCCCGCCACAAACUUGGGGGCCAAGGCCAGCCCUUUCCCGCAGAACCUGCUGGGCCCAGCCCGGCCCAGACCCAACGGCGGCUCCUGGCCCCCUGAGCAGAGCCUGCCAGCGCCUCCUGCCCCCCGCCAGGACCCCCCCACAGACCCCUUUGAAGCCCAGUGGGCAGCGCUGGAGUCCCGAGCUUCUUCCGUCGCCCCGAACCCCUUCUCCGGCGACCAGCAGAAAACCUUCGAGAUCGAGCUGUGACCGCCACGUUUUAGCAACUUGGACUGCCGGAGGGGGGGCGCCCUGCUCUCCUUUCCGAGCCCUUCCCCGUCACAGAGUCCCGCCUGCAGGUUGGGGUGGGGGGUAGUCAACGUUCUCGGACUCUCCAGGGGCUGGCAUCGCCAAUGUCCCGGGUUUUGGGGGAGCCCCCUGUUGGCUUUUUGUUGCUUCUAGCGGCUCUGGUGGGAUGUCCCUCCUUGUCUGGUUGGGGGGCUCAGUUUAUUUCUCUCUUCCUCCCCAGAGGAAACAAAAGAGGGGGCUGAGGUGCAGGUGCACAGGGGCCCUUCUCUUGCCAUAACGUCCAGAGUGUUUGCCCCUGGGCAUUUGGGGCGACGGUGGAUCCAGCUGGCCUGGCGCUGCCUCUCUCUGUGCUUCCUUCCCCCCCCCUUUCCGUUUGGUUGAGUAGCCCAAAGACUCUCUUCCCUGGCUUCUCCCGACCCUGCUCCCUUCUGCAGAGCCCCCCCCCUACCCCCCUAUAUAAUCCAUUCCUCAGGCAGCACCUUGCAAGCGACAGAGUCAUUCUUUGGAGGGCUCGAAUCCCUGCGGCAGGGAGUUCCCCAGCUAUCUGAGCACAUUAAACCUCUCUCCUUGCAGCCCGGUGGGAGCAAAUGCCCUGAAGCAGAAGCCUUCUUGGGCAGGGGCAGAGUUGUGACCCAUUUUGGGUGGUGCUCAGGUGGAAGUCAAGGCCCCUUAAGGCCCUACAGUGGCUGGAGUGGGGGCGGGGGAGGAAAUGUUGCUUCUUCCUCCCUAACUGCUUAGUAGGCUUCUGUGCAUUGCAGGGGGUGGGUGGGAUGCAAUCUCAUCUGGCACAAUGUUUCGAGUGGAUCGUGCCCAAGCAAACGGUUUUAACUCACUUUUGUCUGGUGGAAACUUCCGAUGAUUUUAAACGACAUUCCCAGCUACGAAUGGCGCUCGGAUUACAGGGAAUCUGUGGGGCGAAGCGACGGACACCCCCACUUCGAAGCUGCUGAUUUUAGAAAUCUGCCCGAUCGACAAUGACGUGGAUAAAAUUGGUUGGGGGUGGGGUGCGCUUGUGGGUUUCCUACCUUCCUUCCUUCCCUGCCCCCCUAAAUAAUUUGAUCUCCGCUGGAUUUUAUUUUGGAAUGGGGGAAGGAUAAAAGCCCUUAGGAUGUCAAAUUUAUAUUGAAUUCAGCAAGGGAAUCAUGUUAAUUUAUUUUUUAUUUUUUAACCGUGCCUCAAAGUCAAAUUCCAGUAAUGGAACUGAACAAUUUCAAAAUGUGGUUGCAGCAACAACAACAAAAACACAAACAACCACACACCCGGGUUGUGCUGCAGGAAAAGUGUGGAUGUUGGGAGAGGGAGUGGGGGGGGGAUUUUGGCUCUGCAGCUGCAGGGAUGCAGAAAGCUGGACAUGAGGGGGGGAGAGAUGAAAUAUGAUGGAGCUGGACUGCCUCUCCCCCCCCCAAGAAAACUAGAUGUUGGACUGCAGGUUCAGUUGAAGAAUAAUCCAGCCACAUUUCUGCCGUUUGGGGGCUGUGGCAAACCCCGCUCCCACCAGGCAGCGAUGGAGCUGGCGAGCCUGGUGCCAUUUCAUGGGGGGGGGCGCACAUCACACUUGAUGCCCCCCCAACUGAGUAGCCAUUCCUUCUUCUGUCCCCUCCCACCUAGGUCACAUACAGUUGUGGCUGGGGGUGGGAAGAAGCUCUGGUUCUCCUGCCCCCCCUCCCAAACUGCCUGGGCACAGAAAAUCCCUCCCCCGCUUUCUAUUUUCUAUCUUAUUUCCAGAUGUUUUGUAUCUAAGAAUUCCACAUAUUUGUAUUAUAUAAUAAAUGACAAAAUAAAGCCAGUAAUAUAAU